AUGUCUGCCGAAUUUCACGAAAAGGGAGAAUUAACUUCUGAUCAAGCAAUUAUGAUUCAAGAAAAAGACGAGAACAAUAAAGAAGCAAUAUUAAGAUGGAUAUACUGCGAUACGGAUAACAUGUAUUACCAGGAGCUGUCAUCAGUUAAAACUUCAUUAAAUUCGGUUAUCGAAAGGCCUGUUAAUAGUGAAGGUGCGAUAGUCCCAAUCUCCAAGCGACCUCAAGAGGCAGAUGCUUCUAAGCGUGUAAUGGUUGAGGAACAUAUCUCUCAAGAAGAUUUGUUAAACUCGGUGAACGAAACAUCUAAUACCUUCAAGAAAAUAGAGUUCUCAACAUUUGGGAGACAAAGUAUUAGAUCAGUGCACAAUCUUUUGGAAGAUUGUGAACUAGAAUCGCUGUUCGAGAGACUAUCGUUAGAGGAUAAGAAUCAACGUAUGAGUAAGACUGCACGUAAAUAUAUGAUGUUGUUCGACCAAAUUAUAGAAGAAUCUUUGGAUGAAGAGAAGAGGAUGCGAAGGAUGUUGAAGAAGAGUGGAAGGUUUGAAUGGAACAGUCAAAAAACUUCGAUUCCUCAUCAUUCUCAUUUCACGGACUCUCAACCCACAGAUGAUCCGGAUCCCGAUAAGUUCAAGGCAGAACUCCCAACAUGGAACGUUUGUAAAACAUUAGGAAUUUUCCCUACUCAGGCAUUUGGAUCAUACCUAUUUUCACCAUUUACGAUACCUAAUCCAAUUAUUCUAACUUCCGCUACUAAUUUGGAACAUGUGUCUCGACUAAUUCGAUCAUUAUUAUGUUUGCGAGAUAAUGUUGUCAAGAUUGAAAAAUUCAAGAAAUUCGAAAGAAGUGGACAACGUCGUAUCAUGAAACCCACAACUAAAUAUGCUACCGGGGUUUCACCAGGCCGGCUUAGAACUGUAACUUUUGCUGAAUUUUAUCUAAAGAGACAUCUAGUAAGGUUAAUAGUAAUAGAUAAGGGAAUGUAA